GGGGCGAGCGGCGCCCGCUUCCAGCUGCGAGGGCGGUCGGGCCAUGGGCGAGCCGCCGGCGGAGGUGCUCGCCUUCCUGCGCGAGCACCCGAGUCUGCGGCUGGAGCCCGGCGCCGGCAAGGUGAAAUGCGCUCUCACUGGCCACGAGCUGCCCUGCCGUCUGCCCGAGCUCCAGGUCUACACUCGCGGCAAGAGGUACAGGCGGCUGGUCCGCGCCUCUCCGGCCUUCGACUACGCGGAGUUCGAGCCGCACAUCGUGCCCAGCACCAAGAACCCGUACCAGCUGUUCUGCAGACUCACCAUGCGGCACAUCAACAAGGCCCCAGAGCAUGUACUGAGGCACACCCAGGGCCAGCGGUACCAGAGAGCUUUGCGGGAAUAUGAGAAGUGUCAGAAGCAGGGUGUGGAGUAUGUGCCUGCCUGCCUCCUGCACGGGAGGAGGAAGAGGAGGAGGGGCGACCAGCUGGACGGCGCCGGGCUGCCUCGCCAGGGACAGGCCUUCUGGGAACCUUCGUCCAGCGAGGAGGGCGCAGCUGCAAGUGACAGUGACGACAGUAUGGCAGACCUGUACCCGCCCGAGUUGUUCACCAAAAAGGACCUGGGAGGCACUGAGCACAGGGACAGCCCUGAGGACUUUCUGACAGAGGGGGAGGACGAGGAGCCAAGGUGCCCCACGGAGCCAGGCCCCGGGGGCGGAGAAGAGGCGCAAGGGGCCCGGGAGCUGGUCCUCAAGCGCAGGAAGAAGCAGUUGGGCUCGUCGAAGAAGUUUACAAGUCGUCACCGUAGACCCAGAAGCUUCAACUCUUUUAAACAGUCAGGUUAAUAAAUGGCUGCUGGAGAGAAGCGCGUGUUGGAAGCUCUUCCAAAGCCCUUCAGGGACUCGAGCCCGUGUCCGCCUCAUGCUGCCUGCCGUGCACCCUCUUAACUGACGGGGUGUCCCAGGGCCUUCUCCCUUGGCUCCAAGUUCGCUGCCCACAGGGUUGGGGCUGGGAGGCUGUGCACGGGCAUCGGGGCCACCUCGCCCAUCCACAGGAAGCAGCAGGGGCCCCGAGGGAAGAAUUCGGCCCAGAUGCAGCUUCUCAGUGGUCCUUGGCGAAGCCUAGAGGGUCCGGCCGCCUGGCUCGGCAUCCGAGGGGAGGCCUGGCCAGGCCCCACCCCAGCUGCCCAACACCAGAGGUCCACGCUGCAUACAACAAAUGCCAUUAUUUAUUUUGAUGUUUCCAAAAAUCAAAACGUUUUCAAACACAACUAAGAUAUAAAAUACAGCAUAAAAUGAGAUUUAUACCUAUUUCCCACAUAAAGCCAAAAAUUUCUCAGAAA